UUAUACUAAACCGGUCCCUAGGUCUCUUUCAGCCUCGCCUGUGCUGCUUAGUUAAAAGAAUUCAAAAUGAUAGGCAGGAGCCUUUUCUCUCCAGAAGUAGAAAUGCAGGAGAUUGCAACGGUUGGCCCUUCCAUGCAAAGCUGAUGUUUGUCUCCUGAGCCACAGCCCUGCCUAGGAUAGUUGUGCAGGUCCAUCCUGCAAAGCUCUCAGGCCCUCAUUUCAGCAUAUAAGACUUGUCCACGAAUGCUUACGUUAAGAAAAUAUAACAGUCUUUAAGAAGAUGGCUGGGGAGAGCCAAGAGAAGACUAAAAUGAAGUUUCCAUUUCCUUAUACACCAUAUGCCAUUCAAGAAGAAUUCAUGGCUAAACUUUAUGAAGUUCUGGAAACUGGAAAGAUUGGCAUAUUUGAGAGCCCAACUGGCACAGGGAAAUCUUUGAGUCUUAUUUGUGGAGCCCUUUCGUGGCUCCGAGAUUUUGAAGAGAAGAAGAAGCAAGAAGAAGCCCGGCUGCUGGCAGCUGAAAUUAAUGAAAAGGAUACAAAGGGGCAGCUUAAGCAGGACAGCACAGCAUCUGUAGCCAGCCAGCCGUCCACAGGAGAUCCAGAUUGGAUAACUCAGUUUGUGCAGAAGAAAGAAGAACGAGAAAUGACACAGAGGCUGAAGGAAGAACAGAUCCGGAGGAAGAAGCGAGAAGAACAACUGGAACAAAUUCGCCGUAAUGUGCAGCUGAAACACGCAUCUAAAAGAAAGAGAGCUGAGGAGGAAGAGAUGGAACAUCUGCUCCAACUCAGUAAAGAGAUUUUGUCGAAACCGGGAGAGUUGGGAGCCUUGGAGCCAUCGGAUCAGAGCGAAGAAGAUCUGAUCCUUGCAGAGUAUGAAAGCGAUGAGGAGAAGAAAGGGAGAAGCAGGUUAAAUGAAGCAGACGGAGAAGAUGCCGAUAUAGAGGAGGAGCAUGUGACCAAGAUUUACUAUUGCAGCAGAACACAUUCCCAGCUGGCCCAGUUUGUGCAUGAGGUUCAGAAGAGCCCUUUUGGCAAGGAGACACGGCUGGUGUCCUUGGGGUCUAGACAGAACCUUUGUGUGAAUGAAGAGGUGCGGACCCUGGGAGCUGUCCAGAUCAUCAAUGAUCGCUGCAUGGAGAUGCAGAAGAAUAAGCAUGAGAAGAAGAGUACAGGAGAGGAGGGGAAGAAGAAGAAGAAGCAGCGUGUGAGUCGAACGGUGUGUCCAUUUUACUCCUAUGAGAAUAUGCAGUUUCUUCGAGAUGAGGUUCUGGCCGAGGUGAAGGAUAUAGAGCAGUUGGUGACUCUGGGCAAGGAAAUGAAGGCCUGCCCAUAUUAUGGAAGCCGAUAUGCUAUACCAGCUGCUCAGCUGGUGGUGUUGCCGUACCAAAUGCUCCUGCAUGAAGCUACCAGAAAUGCAUCUGGGAUCAAGCUGAAGGAUCAAGUUGUGAUAAUUGAUGAAGCCCAUAACCUGAUUGAUACCAUUACCUGCCUCUACAGUGCUCAGGUUAGCGGGUCCCAGCUGUGCUGUGCCCAUUCCCAGCUGUCGCAGUACAUGGAGCGAUACAGGAAACGCCUGAAAGCCAAGAACCUGAUGUACAUUAAACAGAUUCUGUUUUUACUGGAGAGGUUUGUGGCUGUUCUUGGAGGAAAUGUGAACCAAAACCCAAAUACUCAGAAUGUCCCAGAAGUAGGUGUGCAGCUGAAAUCUAUCAAUGACUUUCUCUUCCAGUGUCAGAUUGACAAUAUCAACCUCUUCAAAGUUCAGCGCUACUGUGAAAAAAGCCUCAUCAGCAGGAAGCUGUUUGGAUUUGUGGAGAAAUACGGGGCAUCUGGAGCUUUGAAAACAAGCAAAGAAGAUCUAAAGAUGGCCGGCCUGCAGAAUUUCCUUGAGACCUUGAACAAGAAGCAAGGGAAGGAGGGCACUCCACAGAGCUCCCCUGAAGAUGCUGAAGACAGUCAGCCCAAAAUAGCAUCUCCUCUGAUGCACAUUGAGGGGUUCCUGGCUGCGCUCACAAAUGCCAACCAAGAUGGAAGAGUUAUCCUCACGAGGCAAGGCACUUUAGGUCUGAGCAGCCUCAAGUUUCUUCUCUUGAAUCCAGCAGUGCAUUUCGCUAAAGUACUGAAAGAGUGCCGGGCAGUGAUCAUUGCUGGGGGUACCAUGCAACCGGUGGCCGAUUUCCGGGAGCAGCUGCUUGUGUGUGCAGGGGUCAGCGCAGACCGAGUUGAGGAGUUCUCCUGCGGUCAUGUGAUUCCCCCAGACAACAUUUUACCCAUCAUACUGUGCAGUGGCCCAUCCAAUCAGCAUCUGGAAUUCACCUAUGAGAAGAGAGGCCUGCCUCAGAUGAUGGAGGAGACGGGGCGGAUUCUUUGCAACCUGUCCAACAUUGUCCCGGGGGGGAUGGUGUGCUUCUUCCCAUCCUACGAUUAUGAGAAACAGGUGUACACACACUGGGGGAAGACAGGGCUGCUCGCCCAGCUGGCUGCUAAGAAGAAGAUCUUUCAGGAACCAAAAAGAGCUAAUCAGGUGGAGCAGGUGUUGGCAGAGUAUGCCAAGUGCAUUAAGCGUUGCAGCCAAGCAGAGGGGCCCAUGACGGGAGCAUUGCUGUUUUCUGUUGUUGGUGGCAAAAUGAGUGAAGGCAUCAAUUUCUCUGAUGACCUAGGAAGGUGUGUGGUUAUGGUAGGUAUGCCUUAUCCCAAUAUCAAGUCUCCAGAACUUCAAGAGAAAAUGGCAUAUCUUGAUAAGACAAUGCCCAAAUCUUCAGGCCAAGCCCCAGGCAGGACACUCAUAGAGAACUUGUGUAUGAAAGCAGUCAACCAGUCAAUAGGGAGAGCAAUCCGACAUCAGAAGGACUUUGCCAGCAUUGUGCUCUUAGAUCACAGGUACUCACGUCCCGCUAUUUCCAACAAGCUACCUCAGUGGAUUAAAAGCAGAACCCAGGUGAAGAGCACUUUUGGGCCAGCCUUUGCAGCCUUGAGAAAGUUCUACUGGGAAAAGAGAUCAACUUGUGAGGCAUCCUCUUCGUGAUGGGAAGGCAUCUGGCUCACCGCUCCCAGCUUCCCUUUGUACAAAGUGCCUUCACUGUGUAUGAAUAUGCCACAUGUUAAUAUUUCACACAAACAAUAUAUUUUUUUCUGUGUAAUUGAAGAUAAUUGUCUGAUCUUUUGCUGAGGAGGUUUUAUUCUAACAUCAGACAGAGUUAUUUUAUUGCCCGGGAGGGGAGGGAAGAGGUCUGAAUGGUCACAUGAGCUGGACAAGGUGUGGCCCUCCAGAUGCUGCUCGAUGACAGUUCCAGUCACUCCAAUGGGAACAACGGUGGGAACUGUGGCCCAGCUAAUCUGGAACAAUACAAAUCACCCAUCCCUGGACUAUAACAAAUUCAUGUGCUUUUGUUGUGUUACUCCUUGCUUCUUGCAUCAGUGGUAGUUACCAGUCUUUCCAUAAGUCUGGUAAUAGAAUAGGUCUUGUGCAAAUAAUUUAUGUGCCAUCAAGUCGCUCCCCACUUACGGUGAGCAGUUUCCAAAAUAUCGUGUCCUCAGCAACCUUGUUCAGCUCCUGCAGACUCAAGUUUCUGGUUCCUUUAGGACAGUGGUCCCCAA